CAGAGGCUGGAAACGCCGAGAGCGAAGCUCGAAACCCGGCAGUGGGAGAGGAAGAUGAACAGCCCCAGGUCAGAGCCCCAGGCCCAGUGGAGCCCGUGCCGCCCCCAGAGCACAAGGAGCGGCCUCAGCGGCAGCCGCCUUCUCCGAUAGCUGUCCGUUCAGCCCGCGGCUGGGGAGCAGGGAGCCCGGACCUACGCUCCGUUCCACCUGCACGCGUGGCGACACACCUGGACGCUGACCUCCCGCACUAGACCUGCGGGCUCUGCAAAGCUGAGACUCAUCUUUGAAGGAAGGAGGGGUUAGUAAAUCAAACAAGAAACCCCAGACCGGACUUCACUGACCCAUCCCCGGCUAGCCUCUCCUGCUUUCCAAGCUUUUUUGAAAGCAAGAUACUCUGACCUCAGUUCCGGAAAGUUGGCAGCCAACGAGCCCCUGUUCCGAGAGUGGCAAAGGCUUGACAAGUCCCGCACUGCGUGGGAAGAGACUGAUGGCUGAGGUUGGAGGUAGGUUCAGAACGACUGAGGCCUGAACCUUGGGGCGCACCGGGCUCCUAACCCCACCCUACAGAUACCAUCCCUAGAUCGAGCCGUGAGCUCCAAAGCUGUGUACUACUAACCACCAUCAUGUCCAUCCCCGGAGUCAACGCAUCCUUCUCCUCCACUUCAGAGAGACUGAACAGCCCAGUGACCAUCCCUGCAGUGAUGUUCAUCUUCGGGGUGGUGGGCAACCUGGUGGCCAUUGUAGUAUUGUGCAAGUCACGCAAGGAGCAGAAGGAGACGACCUUUUACACUCUAGUAUGUGGGCUGGCUGUCACUGACCUACUGGGCACACUGUUAGUAAGCCCAGUGACCAUCGCUACAUACAUGAAGGGCCAGUGGCCCGGAGACCAGGCACUGUGUGACUACAGCACCUUCAUCCUACUUUUCUUUGGCCUGUCGGGUCUCAGCAUCAUCUGUGCCAUGAGCAUUGAGCGCUACCUGGCCAUCAACCACGCCUACUUCUACAGCCACUACGUGGACAAGCGGCUGGCCGGCCUUACACUCUUCGCGGUCUAUGCAUCUAACGUGCUGUUCUGCGCACUGCCCAACAUGGGCCUGGGCAGGUCGGAGCGGCAGUACCCCGGUACCUGGUGCUUCAUAGACUGGACCACCAACGUAACGGCCUAUGCUGCCUUCUCUUACAUGUACGCCGGCUUCAGCUCCUUCCUCAUCCUCGCCACCGUGCUCUGCAAUGUGCUGGUGUGCGGCGCGCUGCUCCGCAUGCACCGCCAGUUCAUGCGCCGCACCUCGCUGGGCACGGAGCAGCACCACGCGGCCGCCGCCGCAGCGGUGGCUUCGGUGACCUGUCGGGGCCACGCGGCCGCCUCUCCGGCCCUGCAGCGCCUCAGCGACUUUCGCCGGCGCAGGAGCUUCCGGCGCAUCGCGGGUGCAGAGAUCCAGAUGGUCAUCUUACUCAUCGCCACCUCUCUGGUGGUGCUCAUCUGCUCCAUCCCUCUCGUGGUGCGGGUGUUCAUCAACCAGUUGUAUCAGCCAAGCGUGGUAAAAGACAUCAGCAGAAACCCAGAUUUGCAGGCCAUCAGAAUUGCUUCUGUGAACCCCAUCCUGGACCCCUGGAUCUACAUCCUUCUUCGGAAGACUGUGCUCAGUAAAGCCAUAGAGAAGAUCAAGUGCCUCUUCUGCCGCAUUGGUGGUUCCGGCAGAGAUGGCUCAGCGCAGCACUGCUCAGAGAGUCGCAGGACAUCUUCCGCCAUGUCUGGCCACUCUCGCUCCUUCCUCUCCCGGGAGCUGAGGGAGAUGAGCAGCACGUCUCAGACCCUCCUGUACCUGCCAGACCUAACUGAAAGCAGCCUUGGAGGCAGGAAUUUGCUUCCAGGCACUCAUGGCAUGGGCCUGACCCAAGCAGAUACCACCUCGCUGAGAACUUUGCGAAUUUCUGAGACCUCAGACUCCUCCCAGGGCCAGGACUCUGAGAGUGUCUUGUUGGUGGAUGAGGUUAGUGGGAGCCACAGAGAGGAGCCUGCCUCUAAAGAAAACUCUCUGCAAGUCACGUUCCCCAGUGAAACGCUGAAAUUAUCUGAAAAAUGUAUAUAGUAGCUAAGGUGGGGGGAGGGGAGAGAAAGCACUGUUUUAGAAUCGUAUAAAAUCCUGUGCAAUAGACAUACAUGUGUUUGGCUGUACUCAGAAGGGCUGUCUUCAUCUGGGACUCCCACUAGAGAACAUUUGAGCUUCUGAAGACUCAAGGCUGCAGACUGGGGCCCUUGAGUGCCUGGGGCCUGAAGCACAUUGGCUGUCAUUCUGCUGUGACUCAAGAUUGCAGUUGCAACUUGGCAGCUUUUUCUACUGGACAGGAAGAUGGCAGAAGCUACGCUAUUUUCAUAGCAAAAAAGCUUUCUGUUUGGCACAUAGCAAGGGUCCAGCUACUGGAAGGGCUCUACCCCAAACUCUGAGGACUACCUUACAGCUGACUUAAGUGUCUCACUAAAGCAUGAAAUGUGAAUUUUUAUUGUUAGAAAUAUAAUUUAAGGUAUUUAUGUUCUUCUCUGUGAGAAGGUUUAUUGUUAAUACAAGGUAUAAAAAACAUAUGAUAUGCCGUCUCCUGCCACUAUAACCAGCUAAUAUUGUCAAUGUUAUUUUUUUUCCAUAAACAAGUUCAGGCCAAGGUGUUGAAAACAGAGUGAAACUAAUAUCUAUAAAAUAAAUUUAAAUUUUUAAAAUAGUUUAGUAUCAAAGGAAAAAAAUAAAUAUUAUUUAAGAUGUGAAAAUUAAACCUAAAAUAUAUUUUCCAAGCUAUAUAUAAUAAUGAAAAAAGAAAAACAUAGUAUUACAUUUAUUUAUCCAGAAAACUGUGAUUUCAGGAGUACCUAACAUUGCUAGUAAAUAUUUUCAACCUUUGUCCCCACAAAUUGGUAUUUUUAAAGAUAGAUGUAAUAUACUUUUUUUUAACGUCUCUAGCUACUCAUAAGGAAGUGUAUAGUAUAAAAAGUCUAAGUAGCUUAUUCUGUCCUGAAAGCGUGUGUAGUUUUAUUUGUUCAACAAGAUGUCUGACAGCAUCCUUUAAAACUUAGAGCAAGGCAACUUCACAGAAAGAGACACAGAUGGCUCUCUGGUGUGGUUUCUUCUCUGUUGUGUGUGUGUCCAGACACCGACAGUUUCGUGUAACUCGCAGUAAUUACUGUACCUGUGUUUGGAGGAGCUUUCUCAGAGAAAUGUCAAGCAUGUUUUGUUGCUCAACGUGUCCUUGUGAAUUGCUUGGUUGUGGUUCAGUUCUGAGCCUGAUACUGAUAUGAUUUUAAAGAGUAGCUGAACCGACUGAAAUUAUUACGGAGAUUACAAUAAAUAAUUGCAUUCCAUUUGA